AUGACCGGCGAAUAUACGUGUGGGCGCUGUCUGCAGGUGCUCCGGCGAAGGGCUGUUGCCCAGAACUCUGUGGCUCGCUGGCAUCAUGUCGCCAGUCCAAGGCGAGGGGGAUACGGCUUUCCCGCUUCAUGCGUGCGGAGCUUGAGCUCUCGGAGCAGUGCUUCCUUCAAGUCCAGGCCUAUACAAGCCCCAGUCCGACAGAAUAGUCUAUCGUCCAAUUUAUCGGCCUCCUCAAUUGUAUCGCAGAAUGUCAAGUCGAUGGUGCAGAAGGCCACAUCUGCCACAUCUGCCGCCUCGCCAGAGGCCCGGGUACUUCUGAAGCCGAACAAUUUGUUUCACUCCUUCUCCCAGUCUCCAGCAGCUGCAAUCCGACAGCGUGCGGCUUUUAUCAAGCAGAACGCCUUUUGCCCCCAUCCGAGCCAUCAGCAGACUCGUUUGCCCCUCUCCCCCCACGAUCCCGAGUCGCGCAAGAGCCAGGUGACCUCGGAGAGCCUGCCGCCUGCGCACUCUCAUUUCGAAUGUCCCGACUGCGGUGUUCCGAUUUACUGCUCCGAGGGCCAUUGGAUGGAUGAUUUCGAGGCCCAUUUGGAGAUUUGUGAGACAAUUCGACAGAUCAAUGAAGACGACCAUGAUCUACACUCCGGACGGUUUUUCCCGGAGUUCUCGUACCCCGGACUGCAGGACGAUAACUUUGUCAUCAACAUGACCAAUUGGGACACUUUCCUGUACACACGAGAAUUCGAGGCGAUCAACGAUGAUCGAAGCAUGCGACAAGUAACGAGAAUGCUCACCUAUCCUCUCACAAUUGGAAGUGUUUUGCAUGAGCUGAGCCCUUACAAUGUCCGGAAAGAUGGCAGGCUUACCGUGGAGGGUCUCAAGAGUGUCAGCGCGCUCCGGUACACCCUUCACCCUCCCAAGACCGGCGAGGGCGUCGACAUCCAAGGACUACGACUCAAGGCUCCUCCCGUGCGCAUUUUCAUUCUGGGAGCUCGCGCCGAGUCGUCGUUGCCGCGCGAAGUGUGGCUUCAACUUAGCUACAUUUUCCCGCGUUCCCUUAUCCAUUUGAUCUUCAUCGGACCAGAGAGUAUGGCCAACCGGGAUGAUGAAUUCCCACUACCCGAGCGCACGUCCGAGAAUCCCUUCGGUGGUAUUGUGGAGGACAGACUUGGAGGACAGUUCAAGAUUACAACGUACGUUGACUACUUCCACACAAUGUACAAAGCGCAAUACUUCCAGCCCUUCGAUCCCUAUCUGGACUGCUUUAUGCUCUUCCACCCGGGUCUGGGACACCCGGCCAGCUCCCACGAAUGGGAGGAAACGCUCCCGCAGCUCCUCGAGACCAAGGUCCCCAUCAUCAGCACGGGCUACACGCAGUGGGAUAUGGAACGUGACAUCAACUGGGUCAACGAGAAAUGUGCCGGUGAAUUCGACAUUCUGCUCGAACCCGGUGAGAACGUUUUCCGCAGUUUGCGCUGGGAUCUCAACGAUCUGGAUCCCCAUGACGUGUCCUGCGGUAACUGGGGUAUCUGGGCUUUCAGAGGAAAGAGGUACGAGGCGACAUUCAAGAAUUCAUAG